AUGGCCACGAGAACAACAGCAUCGAUGUCGUCGUGUCUGUGCUACGUCCUCCUUGUAGCUGGCGCGCUCCUCGCCGUGGCCACGGCCGACCCUGCCAAGAUCGGCGUCUGCCACGGCCGCGUGGGCAGCAACCUCCCAGCGCCGGAGGCGGCCGCGGCAUUACUCACGCAAAACGGGAUCACCAAGGCGCGGCUCUUCCUGCCAGACCCGGCCGUCCUCCCGGCCUUCGCCGCGGCCGGCAUCGACCUCACCGUCGGCGUGCCCAACGAGAACCUCACCUACCUCUCCACCUCCGGGCCCGACGGCGCGCUGCAGUGGCUCCGCUCAAGCGGCCUGGCCGCCAACCCCGUCGCCGCACGCCUCCGCUACCUCGUCGUCGGCAACGAGGUGCUCUACAACAACCAGUUCUACGCGCCGCACCUCGUCCCCGCCAUGCGCAACCUCCACGCCGCGCUGGCGACCCUUGGCCUCGACCGCGCCGUCAAGGUCUCCUCCGCGCACGCCUCCUCCGUGCUCGCCGCCUCCUACCCGCCCUCCGCGGGGGCCUUCGACGUCGCCACCCUGGACGUGCUCCGCCCCAUGCUGCGCUUCCUCGCCGACACCGGCGCGCCCUUCAUGCUCAACGCCUACCCGUUCAUCAGCCACCUCAGCGGCCCCGCCAACGUCCCGCUCGACUACGCGCUAUCUUCCUCCUCCUCCGGCGCCGCCGCCGCCGCAACGGUGGUGCGCGACGGCGGGCUGGCGUACACGGGCCUGUUCGACGCCACGGUGGACGCAGUGGCGGCAGCGCUGGAGCGGGAGGGAUUCGGCGGCGUGGCUGUGGCGGUGACCGAGACCGGGUGGCCCACCGCAGGGCACCCGGACGCGACGCUGCAGAACGCGGCGGUGUACAACGGUGGUGUGGCGGAGAGGGCGGCGCGGGGAGCCGGCACGCCGCGCCAGCCCGGGACGCCCGUGGAGGUGUUCCUCUUCGACCUCUACGACGAGGACGGCAAGCCAGGUGCCGAGAUCGAGCGGCACUUCGGCAUCUUCAAAGCCGACGGCACCAAGGCCUACGACAUCAGCUUCACCUAG